AUGGAAAGAAUACAAAUAAUUUCAAAUCAUAUACUUCCAAUUGUGCAACAUAAUAAUAAUAAUAAACAGUACUAUGAACAACAAUAUCUACUAUUAGCUAAUAACACAACAGAUGCAAUCAUGGAAUUAAGUGAAGAACAUGAAAAAGAGGAAUCUUUAAGAAAAAUUCAAUGUGAAAAUAAUGGUAUUGAAUAUGUCUAUAAACCUUUAUUUAUUGAUUUUGGUGUUCAUAUGAAUAAUAAUAAUAAUAAUAAAACUAUUACUGUUGAUAAUAAUAAUAAUAAUAAUAAUAAUAAUAAUAAUAAUAAUAACAAAUAA